AUGGCUAGCAGGAGAGAAGAUGAGUAUGGCCAGCCAUCUGAUCAGGUUUCCAAACACAACCCAAAGGAGGAGCUUCUUGUUUGGCCUUGGAUGGCUGUUGUGGAAAACAUUCAACUUAAGUUGAAAGAUGGAAAGUAUGUCGGAGACAGUGGUAAGAAAUUAAAAGAGGAGUGGGUGAGCAAAGGGUAUAGCCCUGCUAAGGUUCACACUUUAUGGACCCACAGCGGUCAAUCAAGUUCUGCAAUAGUACAGUUUAAGAGAGACUGGGACGGCUUUAAGAAUGCCGUGGAAUUCGAAAAAAUGUUUGAAUUGGAAAAUCGGGGGAGGAGAGAUUGGUAUGUUGCGAGAAAUAAAGGUGACAAACUUUAUGCUUGGAUGGCGAAAGAGGAAGAUUACAGUUCGAAAGGUCCUGUUGGUUACUAUCUCCGUAAGCAUGGAGACUUAAGGACUCUUUCAAGUAUUGAAAUGGAAGAGAAAAGGAAAGACGCAAAGCUAGUUUCCAGCUUAACUAAGGAGCUUGAAGUUAAGAAUAGACAAUGUGACGAGAUAAAGCUCAAAAUAAGCGGCACUGAAAGUUCCAUGUGGAACGUGAUCAGGCAGAAAGAAGCGAUGGUUCAGGCUUACUAUGAAGAGAUGGAGAAGUUGCAGAAGAACGCGUCUGAUCAAGUGAAAAUGAUUUUCAUUGAUAACGAAAGGAGAACAAGGCAUUUAGAAGCAAAAAUGAGAAAGCUGGAAAGGGAAUUGGAAGAACGUGAAGUGGUAAAUGAUAGUGAGAAAAGAAAACUUGAGCAGGAGAAGAUGAUGAAUGAGAGGGCAAUUUUGGAGCAGAAGAAAGCUAAUGAAGGUAUCUUGAAGUUGGCUGAGGAUCAAAAGAGGGAAAAGGAGAAACUUCAUGAACGAAUUAUUGAACUGGAAAAGAAACUUGAUGCGAAACAAGCAUUGGAGCUGGAGAUUGAGCGUAUUAGAGGGGCUGUAGAAGUAAUGAAACAUAUGAGUGAGGAAGGUGACGUGGAAGCUAAGAGGAAGAUGGAAUCAAUUGAAAAAGAACUUAGAGAAAAGGAAGAAGAACUUGACGAUUUGGGAGCAGUAACUCAAGCAUUAAUUGUCAAGGAGCGUAAUACUAGCGAGGAGUUGCAGGGAGCUCGCAAAGAGCUAAUUAAUGGUUUUAAGGACAGUCGUGCUACUAUUUGUGUCAAGAGAGUGGGAGAGCUCGACAAGAAGCCAUUUUAUGUUGCAGCAAAGAGAAAGUACAUGGGUGAAGAAGCAAUGGUGAAAGCAACGGAGUGGCUCUCCUUAUGGGAGGAGAACCUAAGGGAUCCAAGCUGGCAUCCUUUUAAGAUCAUCUCAGUGGAAGAAGAUCAAAAGGAAGUGAUUGAUGAGGAGGAUGAGAAACUGAAAAGCUUGAGGGAAGUGCUGGGGGAAGAAGUAUACGAGACCGUGACAACAGCAUUGAGGGAGUUGAAUGCGUACAACCCCAUGGGUCGGUACCCACUGCCAGAGCUAUGGAAUUCAAGGGAAGGAAGGAGGGCAAGUGUGCCGGAGGGAGUUUCUCUUUUACUCAGACAAUUCAGAUUCUACAAACGCAGGAGAAACUGACAACUUGCAUGGUAGUUGGCAGCAGCAGCUCAUGUGAAGUUUUUGAACAUUGAAUGGCUCUGAAUUUGUUUAUAUUCCUUGAGGAGUGGAAACCUUUCUAAUU